AUGGGCAAUGGUUAUGGUACAAAUCCAGAUCAAUUACAAUUUCCUGAUGGUUUAUUUAUCGAACCGAAAACACAAAUUCUGUAUGUUGCUGAUGUUUCUAAUAACCGUGUGCAGAAACGUUAUCCAAAUGGUGAAAUUAAAACAGCUGCAGGCCAAUCCAAUGGUGCCGGAGGGUCAACAUCAGACAAACUGGACGGUCCAAGAGAUAUUUUUGCAGAUGAAAAUGAAAAUGUCUUUGUUGUUGAUGAGGGUAACCAGCGAAUCCAAUUUUGGGCAAAAGAUGCCAAAAGUGGAAAAACAGUGGCGGGAAAUGGUACUUGUGGUUCAGCAUUAAAUGAAUUUAGUUAUCCGUUUAGAGUUGCACUUGAUUCAAAGAAAAAUAUAUUCGUUGCCGAUUUGCAAAAUCAACGUAUUACAAAAUGGCCAUCUACAUAUGAUCCCAAAAAAUCUGUUGGAACAAUUGUAGCAGGUGGUAAUGGUGCAGGUCUCAAUCCAUAUCAAUUAUAUAAUCCAACUGGUUUAUAUUUAGACGAACCAAAUCAUAUCUUAUACAUAUCAAACGAAGAAUCCCAUUCAGUAACACAAUGGGAUAUGGAACCGUAUGGAAAUCAUAAUAUAUAUGCCGGCAUUCCUGGGCGACCUGGUAAUAGUCCAGCUCAAUUAAACAGUCCUCAAGGCCUGAUUCUUGAUAAGUAUGGUAAUUUAUAUAUUACUGAUUGUAAUAAUAAUCGAAUACAAAUGUUUUGUCCAAAUGCUGUAUAUGGUAUAACGAUUGCAGGAACGGGUCAAAUCGGUAAUGGCAGUAAUGAAUUACACUUCCCACAUGGUGUAACAUUUGAUUCAGAAAUGAAUUUAUAUGUUACAGAUACAUAUAAUUAUCGCAUCCAAAAGUUUGAAAGAAUACAAUAA